GAAAGUGUCGGAGGAGGACAUUGUUGUGGUAACAGUCCAUCUCAAGGAUGGUGCACUGAUUUUGAAUGGAUAAUAGGCAAUACUGGAUUGUGAUUUAUUUAUUAUUUUUGUAAUGUAAUAAUGAAUCGUUUGUAAAGACACAAAAGCUGCUGCAGCGUACGAACUAUUCUUCUGUAGCCACUGGGGCAGUGAGUUCAUUCAGCCCAGGAGAGCGGAGCAGCCUGAUGAGACGAUACCAGCCACGUAAAAAUCACAUCUGCAGGGUGUGCAUCCGAGGCUGCUGGAUUAAGGCUCCGUGGAUCGAUCGGGCCUUUGCACAUACAACAUAGGAAAGCCCACGGGGCGAUUGUUGGCUUCAAAAUAUUGCGAAAGUAGGUAAUAAAAGGACUGUUGAAUUCCUGGAGGCCUUUGGAGAGCACAGCUUACUGUUGCGAGGACGGUAGACUGACAUUAAUGGAGGUUUGUGGUUCAUUUUCAUACACGACUUGGACAAAGUAAUCUGAAUAAAGACAUCAAAUGUUUCUGCCUUGAUCGGGCCUCCAGUGCCAUAGUGACUGCAUACAUGCCAUCUGACAGACACAAGAUGAAGAAGAGGACGAGGAUGUGAAGACUGUGACUGUGUUGAGCAUUGAAGCAUCCGGCCACAUCUCAGCGUUUUAAUAAAUUCUCAGGUGCCCUCUAGGUGAAGGUUUUAAAUAGAACAUGGGUAGCGAAAGCGAGAUAAUAAAUAGAGAACUAUCAAAGAUGUCUGACGAGGAUUUGCUGGCUUGCUCCAAAGAGGAGCUGGUGAGCCGGUUGCGUAAAGAAGAGUCAGAGAAAAUAUCAGCUCUCAUCCAGCGAGGACGGCUGAUAAAAGAGGUAAAUAAACAGCUGCAGGGACACCUCCUUGAAAUCAGGGAAUUGAAAGUCAUCAAUCAGCGCCUACAGGAGGAAAACGUGGAGCUGCGGGACCUAUGCUGCUUCCUAGACGACGACCGGCUUAAAGUGAAGAAGCUGGCCAGGGAAUGGCAGCUGUUCGGGCAUCACGCCGCAAAAGUGAUGCGGGAGGACCUGGGCGGGUACUUGAAAAAGCUCGCCGACCUGGAGCGCAUGCAGGACGGCCUGGUGAAGGAGAAUUUGGACCUGAAAGAGCUGUGCCUGGUCCUCGAGGAGGAGUGUGUCAGCAGGAGUGACUCCAGCCCCGGCGGAUCCACCGAGCUCAAUCUGCCCUGCAUGGUGGCCCGGGACUUGGGAGACGGAAGCUCGAGCACAGGCAGCGUGGGAAGCCCCGACCAGCUUCACCUAGUGUGCUCACCUGAUGACUGAUGACAAGUUUAUGUCAAGCAGCUUGGGCUCCUGCGACCUGCAUAAGGAAGCUGCAGGGGUGAUGUGACUGACAGAACAGGAGGCACAGCAGCUUUGUCAGACAGUGCAAAUUAAACUGGAGCAACAGCAUUAGGGCAUUCUGAAUGCUGCAAAGAUCUGUGUGCCACUAGGUUUUGUAAUGAAAAAGAUUCUACCACUAUAGACAUUUUCAAGACAUUACAAAGACCUUUAAAAGAUGUUUGCCAGUUGACACUCUAUCUAAAUUUUACAGUGUUUUUCUAAGGACUCUUCUGCUUAUGGGAAAUUCUCAUUUUCAGUGGUCUGUUGUUGGAAAAAAAAAAUGGGACCAAAAAGUGGGUCACAUAUAUAAAUUUAUCUCAUGCACUGGACUAGCCUACACUGGUAGAAGCCUUUUUCCUAUUGCACUGGACAGCGUUAUCAUGGAUCUUUAAAUCAUAGAUCUAAAGAUUCAUUUCAAUCCAGUUUGAGCCAUAUUUAGUUCACUGAAUUUCAAUAGCACUGAAAUAGAUGAGUUGUGAUAAAAAAUUAAAAAAAACAUGGAACUAUUUGAUAUUUGCUUUUGCUAGAUGCCCAAUAAUGUGUAAUAUUUAUGCACUCUCUUCCUCAGGGCAGGAUUGGAGUGCCAUAUGUGCAUGAGGAUUGUCACAAUUUGUACAUGCCUGUGAAGCAGUCUGAUGUGAAGGCCCCUUCAGGUUUACGUACUGCGGGUGGGGCUGUUGUGCAUAAUGUAACACAUGCUAGAUCCUGCAGAGCCAGUACACCCAUUAAGGGUUUAGAUCAGACAUGAAUGAUAGAUGUCCUUAGACUUCACUCAGAGCUGAACUGGAUAAGUUAUCACUUUUUUAAUCCAACUGGGAACUCUUUGUAUCAAACUGGAAGGUCUACACAUUCUGAUCAUUUCUAUUGUAGCCAGGCUGUUUAAAUUCACUUACAGGACAUUUUUUAUGACGUUGUUGUUGAUGAUGUUCAAUAUGCAUAUCACAGUUUGUUUAAGUUCGUGAUGGUCAGUUCUUUUUUCUGAAACUCAUACUUUGUAUUUGCCCUGUAACAUUAAGGAUAGUCUUAACUUUGACCCAUCUUUAUUGAUUUAUUUGUAUUAACUAGCAUUACUAACCAAUUUCAGUUUAAACCAUAGAUAAUACACAUGGAUUAGAAAAGAUUUAUUUUGUUGUUAGCUGUUUAUUGGUGGGCUAUGCUCGUAGUGAAAUGAAGAGCUUUAAAUGCA